AUGGAAGAAAGUUCACCUGUAGUGGUGUGGUCUUCUAUUGGUUUAGUGUUUGCAUUGUAUCUGGGAUUUGUGGUGAAGGAGAGCCCUAAUAGUUGUGUACAGAUAACGAACCUCCAUUUCCUGGUGUACUCGAUUUGGCAUUUGAAUAUGAUGCAUACAGUAGUCUUCUGUACUGUAUACUUACAUUUUCCUGAAAGUGGUCUUUUAAAAGGGGGAAAGGGCCUGCUCUUCAAAGGCUCCCACGGAGAGAUUAGGCGGCCUUACACCAUCGUUCGUGAACGCGCGCCGGGCAACGAGCAACUCAGGUCCACGUUUCAGAACAAAACGUCUAAAGGGAAGUUCCGGCUGGCGCGCAAGAGUGCGGUCUAG